AUGAUCGGUGCUUCUGCUGUGAUACUGACUGGUCUGCUGGUCGAAGAUGAGAAUGGCAUUCGCGACUGGCUCAAAGUCGAUGCGAAGAUUGAUCCACAGAAUCAAGCCGAGGACAAGCUGCUCUCCGACCUUUUGACCGCCUCUAAAGUGCCGACCAAAAGUGCUCUCGGCACCGCAGCUCCGGCUAUCCAUCUGUUGCUCGGCCUGCCUCUGUAUGCCACCAGCGUCCUGCAUGAAUGGUUUAAAAAUGGCAUCACAGAUACAACCAGCACAUUUGCCGACUACUAUAUUUGGCGCCAGGAUCCGGUGAGUUAUCCCGAACGGACUAGUUAG